AUGAUCCAUCCCGAUAGGGUCGCGCCAGACCCCACGGAGGGGUGGCGGCGAGGCUCUCGCGGUCCUCUUCGUAAGUCGUGCGACACCUGCACGUCUUCCAAGACUAAGUGCCAGGGCAGCAUUCCUUGUGACCGGUGUAAGAAGAGGAGGAUAGAGUGCAAGUUCAGCAAGCGUCGGCGAUGCGGCCCCAAGGCGCGCGCGGAAGAUGAAAAGCGGCCGCGCACCGGCAUGGACGCGCAGCAGCAAGCCGGCCUUGCCAUCAAAGACAGCCCCGAGCACAAGCCUGCCAUGCACCAACAACACGCGGGAGUGCCGCACCCGCCGUCGCCGUCCUUGCCACCCAUCGGCACGAUCGCGGGCCUCGACAGCAGCAGCAACAACAUGACCGGCGGCGGCGGCGAUGGCCUCCCUGUGUCCAACCCCAAGUUCGGGGGGCCCAUGACGAGCGAUAGCCUGUCUGGCCUGGUCGAGCUCAUCGCGCCUACCCUCUCCGACACAGGUGGUAGCGGCAGCAGCGCCAGCAUCACCGCUAGCAUCAACGCCAGCAUCAGCUCCAGCUGCCACGGCGGCGGGGAGGCCGCCUACAGCCACCACGCGGCGGCCGUCUCCGGCAACAACCGGUACACGGCGAUCCCGGGACUGCACGCGGAAGGGGUUUCCCCUUUUCUCGGCGGGGGCGGCACGAGCCCCCCGCACCACAACCAACACGGAGCCAGCAGAGGCGGUGCGAGCAAUCGGCCCGGCUUCCCGCCUUCGUCGUCGGUAGCGGCGGUGGCGACGCUGUCGAGCCUGUCUGCGGCCAUGGACCACACCUCGAGGCAGCAGCCGGGCGGCGGCGGCGGUGGCGGCGCGCGGGAUAGCUGCGUGGCGGCGCGGUCGGCGCCGCCCUUGGGUGCCGCCGCCGGGGGGGGGGCGCCUUCUUCGACCCCGCCGUCGUGCCCCGUCCGAGACCUGCCCGCACGGGCCAAGUCUAUGGGGGACACCCCAGGAGGCUUCGGGCAGGCCGGGGGCGGUGGCGGAGGAGGAGGAGCAGGAGGAGGAGGAGGCGUUCAGGCUGGCUUCUUCUCGGAAGGGUCGAUGGAGAACACCUUCAUGCGGCAGCAGGACGGCGGCAGCGAGGGGAGGCAACACGCCUCCUCCGCCUUGGGAGCCCCGUUGCCGCAGCAGCAGCGGCUGCCGCCGAGGGGGUCGCUCCCGAUGACCCUGGACGGCCGGUCGAAGACCCACCUCAAAACCUUCAUGCGGACCGUGGGCUCCCUCAUUCUCCUGCCCGGCGCCGACGCCAUCCGGAGCGCUGUUUUUGGAGACGCCAGCGGUGGGGACCCGAAGCAGUCGCCGGACGCACCAAUCGCCGCGGAUCCCGGUAGCGCCGAGGAUGUCGGGGUGAAGCGGGAAGGGCGGCCGGUGGCUGCCGAGGAGGAUGGCGGCAUCGUGGACGUUUUCGCCGAAGCGUGCAGAGCGGAGGCGUGGGCCGCUGCUGCCGUCGGGGCUCAGUUCAGCGGAGCCUCGGAGGAGGAGUGCAAGGACUACCAGUCUCGCGCGAUGCGGGCCCUCGCUCGGUGCCUGGAUGCACCGCUGCCGGAGGUGGCGUCCGUGAUGCUCCUUUUCUGCCUCUUCUGGAUGCACUCCAUGGAAACAAGAAAGGUCUCGAGGUACUUCGGCUUUGCUCAGCAAGUGGGGCUAGAGCUGGGGUCGCUGAUGCCCGAGGAGCUGCGACACACGAUUGCCUUCGUCGCUUGCUUGGUGACAAUGACCCUCAAUCUGGAUCAGGUGGGUUCCUUCUCCCUCCAAGUGAAAGACCAAGCGGUGUGGGGGGUGUCCUUACGGGACAACAGCUGCAGGCCCGGCGUUGACCCCUUUGUCCUGGCGCUAACGGCGCUCACGGUAGCCUGCAACGAGAUGCUCCACGACGGGGCAGGCAGAGGCGGUCAGGGUGCCAUCGGAGCCGGCGGCCUGUCUCCCCGUGUAGCCCCGUCGAAGAAUAACGAAUACCCAACCUUACCGGCACACGCAGCCUACACGCACGCGGCUCGUGGCGAAGCCGAGGAUGCGGAGGCCUCCGGUAGGCUCAUGCUCGCGAUCAUCGACCGGCACGCGGCCGUCCUCCACCUCCCGCUCACCUUCACCCUGGCCGAGGCCUCCCGAAGGCUGCUCGCAGCCGCCGCGGAGCGCUCCUCUCGGCCAACGCCGGAGGGGGUGCACGUCGAAGCUCUGGGGGCGGCGGUGACCAAGCUGAGCUUCGCGCGCCCGACCCAAGUGGUGAGGCCAGGUGCCGGUGGUGUUGCGGCGGCGGCGGGGGGCGGCGGCGGGUGGUGCGCGUUCGGCGACGACAUCCUGGCGGCGUUUGCCGCCGCUGGUGGCCGCGAUAUUGGUGGAGACGUCUUGUCGGAGGCGACCAACGACAACAGAGAUCCCCCCAGAUCGGGCUCCAUGUCGCCUCCCCCCCGCCGCUCCGUCCGACCGCUCUCUCGCGCCGUCAUCGCGAGCCAGAGCUGGCAACCAACCACCGGCGGCGCCGCCAUGCCCAUCCCUAGCAGCAGCGCCGACGGCACGAGCGGCAGGGAGUCGUCGGCCUCGCUGCCGAGAUGGAGCGGGGGGGG